AUGGCAGGAGUGCACCACUGGCCUGCUGGCAGCGGCGGCAGCCCGGACCACCACCACCAUGUGCCUCCCGCGCUGCUGCCCCCCGGGCCACACAAGGCCCCCGACGGCAAGGCGGGAGCCACCCGCCGGUCCCUGGACGACCUUUCGGCCCCUCCGCACCACCGCAGCAUCCCCAACGGCCUGCACGACCCCUCGUGCACCUACGCCAGGCAGCUGGAGACCAGGGUGAAGCUGCUGGAAGGUGACAAGCUCCUCCCGCAGCUGCCCCUGCCCUGCGGCCGCCCAAGACAUCAGCUGCAGGCAGGCUCUGGAGAGUUCAGAACGCUGCGGAAAGGGUUCUCACCCUACCACUCUGAGUCCCAGCUCUCGUCCCUGCCACCCUCCUACCAGGACUCCGUGCAGAAUGGCCCGGCCUGCCCUGUCCCCGACCUGCCCUCGCCACCCCCCAGCUACAGCUCGGCAGGACAGAAGCCCGAGGCGGUGGUUCAUGCCAUGAAGGUCCUGGAGGUACACGAGAACCUGGACCGGCAGCUCCAGGACAGCUGUGACGAGGACCUGAGUGAGAAGGAGAAGGCCAUUGUCCGAGAGAUGUGCAACGUGGUCUGGAGGAAGCUGGGAGAUGCUGCCAGCUCUAAGCCCUCCAUCCGGCAGCACCUGUCUGGGAACCAGUUCAAGGGGCCUUUGUAGAGCGUGUUGUACACAGCGGGAUUUGCUGCACCGCCGUCUCUGUGGUGAAUUGUACAUAGGAUCGGCCAGGACCCUGUCUCCCACCUCAUGCACCAGCAAACUGGGAGGACAAGAAGCCCUGCCCGCUCCCUACAGCCCCGAGGCCUGGACAGCUGUGCUGUGUGAGUGAGAGGGAUGCCAGCCCUGGUAGGUUUGUUGUCUGGCCCAGUGUCAGGACACUUGCCGCUCCUGCCUCGCCUGGAUGUCCCUGUGUGGACUAUGCCCACUAGCACCUAAAGCGGACAUGGGUGGUGCUGUUCCUGACCCGGGCAUGGCCAGGCCCUGCUUUGUGACAAGGAAUCACCGUGUCCAGGCUGGUGGGAAGCUGCUCUUCCCUGACUCUGAGUCCUGGGUGCUGGCUUGGGGUUCCCUCGGGCAGGGGUCGGGACCAGCCUGAGGCCAGCUUUGUCUGUAGUAUCCGCCCCGACAUCCCCAACAUACUCAAUCCCAUGUUCUUGCCCCUGCCAGGGAGAGCUGGGCCUUGCUGGGACCUCCCCUUCGCUGGCUGCACCUGGGGUUGCAGGACAGCACUGCAGGGCUGCCCAGGGGAGUCCUGCUGUUUGGGACUGGAAGGAGCUUGAGCAGGCUCUGAUGUUAGCUUGCAAUGUGCCCUUCAGCACAUCACUCAGCGUCUCUGGGAUGCUGGUGGCUAAUUGGGGGUCCCCAAGAUUCCUUUUGGUCCUGCUCAUGGCUGAAGCCACCGAGCUCUGGAAGACCUUUGUCCCCUUUCCCAGCUCACGAACAAAGCAAGUGGCUGCUAAAGGCCAGGGCUCAGCUGCCUUGCUAUCUCCUCUCCGAGCCUCCAUGUCCCCAGCUCUACAUGUGCAGGGCCCUGGGGUUGAGAUGCAGUCACUGUAAGCCAGAGGGUGGCACAAAGGUCCCCAGGAGGAGGGCAGCCACCGGACAGCCCCAGGCCCACUCACCUCUGUUCAGUCCCAUGCCACAAGCCACCUGCACUCUUCCCCACAGUACGUGGAGCUUCAUGUAAGCGCCCAAAGAACCCAAAGAGCUGGUCUUUGUGUCAGGCCCAGGUGAAGCCCACACGAGGGUGGGUGGACGCCUCCCUGCCCCCGCCCCACUUGGGACCCUGGACAUCUGCCAUCCCACUCUUGGGUCGUCACUCUCAGGGGAAAGGGCUUUUGGCUGUGUGCUCAGGAGCGCCACGGAGGCUGUGGGGAGCUGCUGUGCACAGGCCGAGCCCAUCUGCACCCACCUACUGGCCAUGGUACCAGAGGGCUGAGCAGCACCCAAGGGCAUGGGCACACAGCGGGAGGGAGUCUGCCCUGGGAGCCCACAGGAGUCAGGCUGGAACGGGAUGGCUUGGCCACCGCUGAAAUAAGCAAUAAGUAAGACUGCCGCCAGGGCACGGCGGUCCCCCAGGCCUCUUGCCUGCCAGAGGCAGCGCCUGCUGUGCCCCGAGCCAGCACAGCUGGGAUGGC